AGCUCUCCUCACUCUCAGCGCUCCAGAGAAGGUGGAGUCUGAAAGCUGAAAGCCUCACGCAGGAGAAGCUCCAGGCUGUAAUUUGUAAUUUGACCGUCCGGGCAGCUUGAGCAGGGACUUUAGCACAACCAGCCAGUCACAGUCCGGCGACUUUAGCAGCAGACGAUCAAAUUACAGCCUGGACUCUCCUGCGCUGGGCUCCGAGCAGACCGCUCGUCCUCAAGCCGUCAGCGUGCCACAUCACUCGGCUCCACAAUGCUCGGCGCCGCGGUGCUGCUCAGCCUCCUGGUCGCGUGUUCCAGCGCCCCUCCGCCGUGCGAACCGGGACAGGGAAGUUUUGGAAGAUGCACGGAAACAGCCGGAGAGAGACCGCAGUGUACAGAAAUGGUGCUGGGCUACUGUCAGGACGUCCCGUACAACACGGUCAUGUUUCCCAACAUCGUGGGCCAUCAGACACGGCUGGAGACGGAGAUAAGUGCUGAGUAUCUGCUGCUGAGCGUGCUACAUGGCCUCUUGAACGGCGAGUGCUCUCCAGACCUGCGGCUCCUAGGUUGCUCCAUCCUGGCACCCCGUUGCCAGGACAGCACACUGCUGAAGCCGUGCCGCAGCUCAUGUGAGAUAGUCAGGAAGAGCUGUGCUCAUGCCUUUGAGGCCAUCCAGAUGGCCUGGCCAUACUUCCUAGACUGUGAUCGUUUCUUUGUCGGAGAUGAGGAGGGCUGCUAUGAUCCGCUGUCUGCCCUGAGAGCCAGACAAGAUGUCACCUUCUCCAGCCUCUCAGAUGGUGGUCAUGCCACCAUUCUCCAGUUCACCUACCACUCUAAUGCGCAGAUGUUCAACAUCCUGAAAAAGACAGCAGCCAAGUGUCCCCACAUCGCCCAAACGUACAGCAUUGGCCGCAGUGUGGAGGGCAAGGACCUGCUGGUCAUUGAGUUCUCUGAUAACCCUGGACAACAUGAGCUGUUGGAACCGGAGAUCAAGUUGAUUGGGAACAUGCAUGGAAAUGAAGUGCUGGGCCGGCAGCUGCUGAUCUACCUGGCUCAAUACCUCUGCUCCGAGUACGUGUUGGGGAACGAGCGCAUCCAGACUCUCAUCAACAACACACGCAUCCACCUGCUGCCCUCCAUGAACCCAGAUGGCUACGAGCUCGCCGCCUCUGAGGUAGCUGACAGCCAAGACCCUGAAAACACCAACCAGGAAGGCCAUAUCUAUAAUGGCUGGACCAGUGGCAGAGCCAAUGCCCAGAACAUUGACCUGAACCGUAACUUCCCUGACCUGACCUCCAUCUACUACAACCGACGGCGCUUCAGACACUUCCGCAGUGACCACAUCCCCAUCCCUGACUCCUACUGGGUAAAUAAGGUGGCUCCAGAAACAUAUGCUGUUAUGAAAUGGAUCAGGACCAUUCCGUUUGUGAUCUCGGCCAGUCUACACGGAGGAGAGCUGGUCAUCUCAUACCCCUUUGACUUCUCCAGGCACCCCGAGGAGGAGAAGAUGUUUUCUCCUACGCCUGAUGAACAGAUUUUUAAGCAGUUGGCCAGGACCUAUGCAGACGCUCACACCACCAUGUCUAACAAUGACACAGACAGAUGUGGAGCUACAUUUGCCAGCAAAGGAGGCAUCAUCAAUGGAGCUCUAUGGUACAGCUUUGCUGGAGGUAUGUCAGACUUUAACUACCUGCACAGUAAUUGUCUGGAGCUGACUGUGGAGCUUGGCUGUGAUAAAUUCCCGGGAGAGGAAGAGCUCUAUCCAGAGUGGCGUAGGAACAAGGAAGCUCUGCUCAGCUUCAUGGAGUCUGUCCACAGAGGCAUUAAGGGCGUUGUGAAAGACCGGAAUGGGAACGGAAUCAAAGGAGCGAUCAUAUCUGUUAAAGGGAUACGACAUGAUAUCACUACAGCUGAGGAUGGUGACUACUGGCGGCUGCUCAACCCAGGCAUCCACAUCGUAAGUGCCACGGCUAAGGGCUACUCGAAAGUAAUGAAGCGCAUCAGACUGCCUCGCAACAUGCAGAAGGUGGGCCAAGUGGACUUUGUGCUGGAAAAGGUGCCCCUGGAACCCGACCUUGAUUAUUUCAACAUCCCUGAGCUAGAUAACUACGAGCGCUUCGAUCCCUACAACCAGUUCGAGCAGUACAGCCAGAGGGAGCUGGGCGAGAACGGAGAGGAAAGGACCGACAAACCUUGGUGGUGGACCUACUUCAGCCAGUUGGGCAUUUCUUCCCCCACUUGGCUUCUGAGGAACUAUUAGAACCUGCUUGAAUUUGCGGGAGAGAAGCUCAAAUCCCAAACCACCCUAAGCCCAAAUCACUGCACUUUAGGUUGAAAUGGCUGUAUACAGUAUGGCAAGAUAUGAUUUGGUAAACGUUCUAGUUAUGUGGUUGCUUAUAAGUGUGUACUUGUUUGUAUGUAAGAAGGCUAGGGCUUGAUUUGGGACUGCACCUCACAAACACACUCUUUUUAUAUAGUAUAGAUCACUAAACCCCACAUGCAAAUGAUGACUUAUCUCAAUAAAAGAUGGCAGCUAGACUAUUGUUUGGCUGGGGUAAUAAUAUAUGUUUGUAUUGUGCAGACAAUUUUAUCAGGGAACAUUGUCAUGAAAUGCUUAAUUGAACUUUGGAAAUAUAUUUUGGUUUUCGUUUGAAGCAAACCACUGUAGCAAAUCCAUUUUCCAUUAAAUCUCUUGUCCUUCCGUUGUAAGUGGA